GUUAAACGAAUGCAAAAUAGUUCCUUAGAGUAUUUUCGGAUUUUUAAAUAUUAUCAGUAUUUUCGGCUAAGUCCGAGUUCAGAAUUAAAAUAAUUUUUUUUAAGACUAAAUAUAACGUAAUGACAUGUUUUACAAGCUUUGUUAAAGAGCUUUAUUUGAUGCUCCGCGGAGGGAUACACCAGCAGCGCCAAGCUGGAGUUUGGAGGGGGAUUUGAAUCUCUCCAUGCCACAAUCAUUUUUUAAGAGAAACUAUAGUUUUUUAUUCGUAUUUUACACAUGUUUUAACCUCAAUGGUCAAGAUGGCUACAGACCAGGAAAUCCCUGCAGUCCCAGUGGAGGAAGAAGCUCCAUUAAACUUCUCUGAGCUCACACCUCACCAGUUUGGCAUCUCUACUGAGAGUUUUAUUCCAACCUCAUCAAACAGGAAAGACAAGUCGCGCCUUGCUCAGAUAAAAGCUCGGCGGAGAUCCAGCGUGGGGGUCCGCGGCUCCCCGGAGACAAAUUCCCUCAUCCGUUUCAGGGCGCAACAGAGGAUGAAGACCCCACCAUCCUCACAAUCCCUAGAGCUUGUCAUGAGUAGCCCCUUCACUCUGAGGCAGAAGAUGGCCUCCUUCCGCAGCCUGAUGGAUGUUAAGGAAAGCGACGCCUGUGAUCCGUUGCCAGUGCAGAACAACGACACUGGAGGAUGCAUCUUCACGCAAGAUUAUCUGUCUGGAAAAGAAAACAACCCACCAACUUCACCCGCACCCGGCAAAAAGAGGGGGCUGGGCCCCCUGAAAGGCUGCAGCGUGGAGAUUAGAGAGGACGAUAUCUCUGUCUGUCACUCUGGCUUGAAGGAUCAGGAGCAGGAGGCUCCCUGUAAACACCAAAGCCCUGACCGACCUCCCUCUGAUGGCCCUUCAGCUGCUUCGCCGGCCCAGCAGUCACAUCUCCCCCACAUCCCAUCUCUCCCUUCUGCGUUGGAGAUGAAACCCACAGUGGAUGGGGACAGAACGCCUGCAGGGAAGAAGAAGAAGCAGGUGCGCUUUGGGGUUCCUUUAUCUCCUGAGUUCUUUGAUAAGAACUUGCCCCCAAGCACUCCAUUACAAAAGGGGGGCACUCCAGCUCGGGCCGCCACUCCCGGUGGGGGCUUGGAGCUGCGCUCUGUGCUGAAGACGCCUCAGAGGAGCGAAUCAGAAACACAGCAGAAUCAGCCGGAGCCUCUCUGCCCCGCUGGGUUUGGUGCCUCCCCAACAUUCGCAAUGCCUCACAGACGCAGACCGUCCAAUGAGGGGGAUGACUGGGAGGAUGGAAAGAUUGUUUAUCCGUCGAUGGAGGAGAUAGACUCUGCCGUGUUGAGUGAUGCAGAGUGUUAUUUUGAUGCUCAGCCUUUAAAUCUAAACAUGGCUUUCCAUGAGGAAUCUCUCUCUCAGACUCUGAACGGCGACUCCGAACCAACAGGAACCCCUCAGAUGGACGCCAUGGAAGGGCGUGAAUGUGUGGCAGAGGACAAACCGCCUGAGGGAGAUGCUGGAAGUCAGACUCUGACCCAAUCAAAGAGCAGAAGAAAAAAGAAAGAAGAGGAUUCUGACAGUGAGCUUCGGUCGCGGCCCGACAGCAGAAAGAGAAAGGCCAACUGUCUGUUCGCCGAGCAGCUAGAGGACAGCGAACCUGUGAAGAGGUCGGCACGAUCUGCUGCCAAGGCGGCCUGCAGGAAGAUGAAGGGGGCCUCCACAGCAGCCCGCAGCUGGAGUAAGGAUGUAGAUCGCUCUCUGUACGGCUCGCGUGCGUACGCCUCCAAGAACCCGGCGCUGAGCCCCAUCACAGAGCGGCGGUCCUUCAUCGGUCCGUCUCCAUCCUCAGAGCAGACUCCUGAUGGCUCCACAGGGUGUGAUAUCUUUGAGGUGGCAAGUGGUGCUCUUAACAGCGAGGAUUUUGCAGAGGCUGUGGAGGUUUCCUCAUAUGAUGAUGUCAGACCUCCCUCCUGCAGUCCAGGGACGGACAGCAGGCGGCCAAGGUCAGCAGACAGGAGAGGACGGAAGAAAAAGGAGCAGAUUGAUGUCGGACUGUGCAGGGCUGACCCUGAAGAACCCUCUGAGAUCCUCUGCACCGACUCAAACACAUAUAAUGUAGGUAUGCUCACUUUAGACGAAGAAUCCAUCCCAGAGUCAGAACAAAGACAAGGCAAACAGAGGAGAAGGAGCACAGUCCCUCUGGAACCAGAGCAUAAAGAGGAAGGGACUGGAGAGAUGGAGCAAGGAGACGCCCGGUCAAGCUCUGGCCAGCAGGGGGAGGUAGAGGGGCCCAAUGUGGACCUCGCCCCUUGGCAAGCGGAUUUUAAUUUUGAGGAUGUUUUUAAAUCUGUCAACCCCAGAAGGGAGCGCUCGGUUCGCCGCAGUCUGAGGAACCGGGCGAACUCGGAGAACAGCAGCGUGGGCGGCGGGCUUGCCUGGGUCCCUCACACCUCCCCUGACUCUGUUAGAGAGACUCGUAGAAGAACCCGCCAAAGACGCCUCAGUGCCGCUCUGCUUCCCCCCGAGGAAACACGAGACUCCGCCUCCACUGAACUGAGCGAACAAUGAAGAGAACUGAUGAUUCAUUUUAUUUCAUUUCCACGUUGUUUCACUAAAUUGAAUCAAUUCUCCUAAACAGAGAGAUUUACUUUGCUUCAAAUGAAAAACAUUAACGAUGUUGAUCCUUGUGAGUUAUUCCAGCUCAGUCCAGUUUCCCUCAAGUUUACCACUUCAGUCAAUACGCUGAAAGCCCAAUGAUCUCUGCCGACCACCUCCUAAUCAAUAUCCCCCACUCAGCUGGUAAUCACAGUGCGCAACCCCCCCCCACUCUAAAGUCACUGGAUCAAGCAUCUUAAAAUCGAUCCCUCCUUCUGUGGAUGGAUGAAGAUGGCUCAUAAACGGCUCUUAUUUUGCUUCUGGGUUUGUUCUGUUGACUGUUGAUUUUUAAAGACUUUUUAGAAUGAAAUGUUGGUUUUCGUUCUCAUCUUCUGGAGCCAAAUGUGUUUUUAACAAGAUAAUUAGGAUUCGUUUUAAAUAGAAAUAAUCUUAAACGUUCCAAAAGCUCCUCUCUUCAGUUUGACCGUUUGUUUCAGUUCAAGUAAAGCUUUUUUUUUCUCUCUUAAGCCUCAGACCUCUUGCUCUUAAACUGAACAAACUGCUGAGUAAAUUAGUGUUCGGAUUUCCAUUUUGAAACCAGCCAAAUGAUUUGAAAAUGUAUUGACCUGUGACCUCGCCGUCCACCGGUUAUAGAUUCAACUCGACUGCUCUCUGCUUCCCCAGUCCGUCUCUCCGAGAGGAACAGAGGAAGGAGAAACAAAUUGAGUUUCAAAUUCGGCUCGCAUCGGAAAAUUGGCUUCUGAGAAUGAUGCAUGACUGUAAUCUAUCCAUCACCGGGUAAUUGACUACCUCCCUUUACAUCAAGUCAGUCACUUGGCUGAAGGACGCCAGAGGUUUCUGGUUCCACUCUCUUCUUUACACCCACUAGAAGAUGGAUGGACGUAAUCAGGAGCUUUUAUAUAGGGCUAUGUGGCAACACUGCCAUCUUGUGGAAACUUUGAUGAGUUGCAUGAAGGCGCUUCAUCCGUCCAUUUGAACAGUAAAAUGAGGACUAAAAAAGUCACAUUUGAUUGUUGUUGAAAGUUAAAUUGAUUUAAAACUCAUGCUGAAUAUUCUUCCUCAUUUGACCUUUCAAUUUUUCUUGAUUUUUAAUGUCUGAGUCAUGACUGUUUCCCUCCUAACUGCACAUUAAGCCUUUUUGAAUUAAAAAGGCCUUUAGAAAAGCUUUACUAGUGUUUGGAUGUAGAAGCAAAGUGCUGCACCGUCAUACAAGUGGCUGUUUGGUGUGUUUAUCUGAGAGCGCGGGAGAGAGCGUGGAAUCCGCGUGAAGCCCCUCUCCCUGGCAGACCGGCAUACUGAAGACGGCUUAACACAAGAACAAUGGGGUCCUUUGACCAAAACGACGCCCCCAAGACAUGUGGCCUCCUGUCACCUUGGCAACCCCCCAUGGGAUGAAGAGUGGGGUGACAGCUGGAGGGGAGGACUUACAAAAAAAUGGAGUCUAUUUCUUUCCCCUGAAUCUCUCCUCUUUCUGCCUCCUCUCCCAGCCUUCCUGGCCCUCAUGAAUGUAGGUUACGUCUCACUUUACAACUUCAUGGGGUUGACCUCGAGCGCUUGCCUCACCACCUGACCGGUUGAGGCAGAAAAAUAAAAAUAAAAGCCAACUAUAAAUCAGGCCUUUUAUAGGCUCUGCUUGUCAGGAAUAAGAGAGCUUUGACAAAUUUGGGGCUGAGCCACUCUUAACAAACUGUCCGCUUGAUUUUACGCCUCAUAUUAAACACGAGUUGGAUGCUCCUCCAGAUUUAGAGACUUUCAAUCAGUUAAUUAGUAACUGAACGGUAUUAAGUUGUCCUGCUGCCUCAACCCUUUCUGUGCUUAUUGCUGUGAGGCUCUAUUAUUGAUGCUCAGAGGCGCGAUCUUUGAGCUCAACACUGCUCUCCUAUGGAGUGUAAGACAGCAGGAGGAGGGCAGCCAAACAAAGGCAGCCCAACAACAGGAGACUCUCCAGCUCCUCUCGUAGGUUUGCUGUCAGUGCUGGUACAGCUGCAACUGGUUUGAACCUGAUUCAGACAACCGCAGCGCAGAACUCGGCCAGCAAAGAAUAUUAUUACUUUUUCAUGUGGUAGCUGUUUUUGAACAUCACAACCAACACAGCUUCAACAUCUUUGUUUCUAACAAAUAAAACAUGGAGAAGUGUUAA